UUCCUGUGAUAUACCUACAUACCUACUUAUACGAGUAUAUUGUAUCUUUCUACAUAGCGUUGCGAUGCACUUAAUUCAAUCUCCAAGACAUGCCUAAUACUCGGUUUCCUAAGGAGGAUCUCGAUGGCGCAAGUGGUGAGCUACGAUAGUUGAAGUUAAGUAACUUUCGCAGUCGUCGGUCAUUGAAUGGGUGACCAAAAAUUUUGCUCCGACUUUUAACAUAAUUUAUUUUAAGCAUAGCCGAAUCCUUGGCCCAUGAUUAUAUACAGCCAUUGGUGUCGAUUCUGGCAUGUUUCACUAAACUUAAAACUAUUUUUUGUUUCUAAACACCUUUUUAAGUGCAAAACAAAGACAGCAAACCACACUUUUGGUAUCUUUGUGACACUUGUUUAUCUGACAAUGCCACCGACGCCGUAACCAUGGCAACCGCGUAAACAACGCCCUUUCUACGGAUUUUUUUACAAUAUUUUGUUUCAUAUCCUAGUUUGCAGUGUUUGUUAUAUUUUUCUUGCCGCACUAGUGAUUGAUUAGGACUGAGUAUGGACCCCGACGAGGACGAGGAACCCUUCGGGGGUGCAAUGAACAUCGCCUCCGAGACAACUGAGGCAGAGAAGGAAUUUGGAAAGGUCCUGGAAGACAUGCGUGAAGCGGAGGGCCUGAAGCUCUACUCUGAUGUGUACACCAAGUUGUAUGACUCUUACUACAAGAUGAAGGAGGAAAACUCACAGAACAUCGAGCGGGUCAACACAAUCACCGCGAAGCUAAAAAAAGUCGAUGAGACUGUGUCCAGUUACCAGGCGGAAAUAGCUGAAGCCAACAAAACGAUAACCAAAUUAAGAGCUGACAUUGAGGAGGCGCGGUCUCUGGCAGACGCCAUGCACGCCCGCGAGCUUGCCAGCGUGGAAAGCCUAGAGACCAUGAAAAAGACAGUCGUCAGGCUGGAGAAGGAACUAGACGCCAGGAAACGAGCCGGAGACGAUGAUGCUGGCGCAACAUCAGCUGUGAAAGAGAAAGAGAAGUUUGAAAAGGAGAAGGCGAGACUCCAGGGAGAGUUGGAUGGCAUGAAGCUGCGGCUCACCAACGCGCUCGGGUACAUAGAGGAGAUGGAACAGCGGAACACUGCGGCUGACGAGACCAUCGCCAAAUUAGAGGAGAGGUUGGAGGAAGCAGACAAUAAUGCUGUUAGACAAAAUCGAUUGGUUGAACACCUGAAAGGGGAGAGCGACACCUUGAGAGCUGAGGUUGACAGCAGAGGAAGUACCAUAGCUACCCUCAACGACAAGCUAAGCAAAGCCGAGAAGAGUAUCGAGCGUCGGGACAGGCAGCUAAAGGACACGACCAAUAAACUGGAGACAGCCAAAGCGGAAGAAACAGCCGCCCUCGAGAAGGCCACGCACUUUCGAGAGACCCUGGAGGCGACCAACACCAAAUUCGAACAGACCAAACAAACUUUAAACAACACCAGUAAGGAGCUUAAGAACAUGAUCGACGACGGUAACAGACUACGCAACGAGGUGAGCAAGCUCACCAAACAAGGGAUGCAGCAGAUGAAGAAGUAUACGCUUCUAGAGCAGAACAAAUUCACAGUCGAAUCAGAACGUGAACGUCUGCGGCAACAAGUCAGUGUGAUGGAGAGAGAAAUCAUGUUGGGGAAGAAGCAAGCUGAAGCUGAUAAGAGGGAGAUAGAAAACCUCAAUAGGGAGAAAGAGAUCCUGAACAAGAACAUGCAGAAGGUCCAGAACGCGGCCUUGGAGAAUCUGCAGAUGCUGCACCUAGCGGAACAACGCCUCAAGCAGAUGGAGCACGAGCUGGAGCUGAGCGCGGCGCAAGUAAACAAACAACGCCUCGUCAUACGGCAGCUGGAGAAGGACAAGGACAGAAUGCUUGAAGAGACAAUUGCCCUCAAUGAGAAAAUCGACGAAAUAUCCGAGGAAGUGCGUCUCCGCACUGCUGACAUCCUGGACUUGAACAAGGCGCUGAGAGAAGAAACACUGAAGACCCGCAAGCUUUCCGUCACCCUGGAUGCCACCCGAGCGGAGAGGAACAUGCUGCACAAGAACUACACCGAAUCACUCGACGAGAUACAGGACUUGAAGCAAAAACUGAAGAUGCUGGCGUACCAAAUCGAACAGCUGAAAGAGGACAUCAGCGGCAAAGAAACAGGGCUCAAGUCUUGUGAGGGAACUCUCGCCAAGUGCAAUAAGAAGGGCGAACAACUCCGAGCGGAGAUACAGGCGGGGCUGGCCAAGCUGUCUGAUGCGAGGGGAGAUAUCGCAGCUCUGAGACAGGAAGAAGCCAGGCUUAAUAGGAUUAUAGCGGAAGGGGACACAGCUCGCGCGAAACUUAUGAAAGAUCUGGAAGGACUUAUGAAUGAGAGGGACGUUGUAGGCGCUCAACUAGUCAGACGCAACGACGAGAUCGCCCUGCUGUACGAAAAGAUCAGGAUCUUGGAAGUCACUUUACAUAGAGGAGAACGACAAUACGAGCAGCGAGUGGAAGACAUCCGUCUGCUGCGACUGGAGAUCAUCAGACUGCGCAAAGAGAAGAACCUGCUUUCGAAGGGCAUUGAGAACAUGACUGACCUUAGACUUGAGGUGUUCAACCUGGAGCGCGAGUUGGGUCGCGAGCGUCUGCGCGUGCGCGCGCUGGAGGAGGCCUUAGAGACGCCGCUGAACGUGCACCGCUGGCGCAAGCUGCAGGGCGUCGACCCCGCGCGCGUCACGCUUGCGCACAAGCUGCGCCUCACGCAGAAGAAGGUCCUGGCUCAGAGCGAAAUGUUGGUGCUGAAGGAUCGCGAACUGAAGGAAACCCGGAACCUGUACACCGCCGUCAAAGAUAUGCUGGCUCUGCAGCCCAGCCCUGACAUUCAGCAAACGCUAACUAAAACACAGCGGGCCCUUGCGCAGAGGACGACUAAGAUGAAGUGUUUGAUUGCUGAGGUCAGCAUGCGUGAGAAGCAAGUGGCGGAUCUGCGUUUAGAAUUGGAUCGAGUGAACGAGGAAUUGCACUCGUUCAAGCAACGCUAUUACGAGAUGAAGCGCGCUCUCGACGCGGACGAGGCGAGGCGGCUGCGGGUGCCGUCGCCAGCGUCUCCGUCGCCGUGAUCAAACACGGAUUGAAACGUGUUAGCAACGAACUGCA